AACUUCCCCCCAGAUGUCCUGGCCUUCUUCUUUUAUCUUGUCGUAUUCGUAUUGAUAUUGAUAUUGAUAUUUCCAUUUCCAUUUUCAUUUUCACCGGAGGAACUGAGAGGGAGAGGGGGAGAGAGAGAAAGAGAAUACACGUGAAUGUCCCUUUCUCUCCAACCCUAGCUAUUCUCAGUUCCUUGCUGUUUCUUACUGAUAUAUAUGGGACUCCCCCAAGAUAUAAAUAGGUGUACCUGGUACUAGCUAGUAUUGCCACUGCUAGGACUGCGCCUGCCCAUAAUAUAUACACUUGUGGAGAGCUAAUUAAUUAGUCGGCGAUCGAUCAGAUAAUAUGUUCAUGGCAUCAUUCAAUUCUUCCAAUCAUGAUCUACAAGAAGAAGAGGACCCCAGCUCAGAUCUGCAAUACCACGGCCACCAGCUUAUUCCCGAACCAUCUCGAGGGGGUUUUACCUCAGCACUGCCAAAUGCAAUCCACAUGCGCCAAUUACUCAUUCGUUGCGCUGAGCUCAUAUCUAGGUCCGAUUUAUCCGCUGCUCACCGCCUCGUAUCCAUUUUGUCCAGUAGCUCGUCCCCUUAUGGGGACUCCACCGAGAGGUUGGUCCACCAGUUUGGAAAAGCCCUCUCCCUCCGCCUCAAUAAUUGCUGCGUAGGUGCUACUGGUGCCAGUAGUAGUAGUACUGCGACCAUGGCCACCAUCACCACCGGUGCAGCAUCAGCACCCACGAUGAGGAUGAUGAUGAUGAUUCCUCCUGCGCCGGUUACUGCUGCUACUACAGCUAACAAUAAUAUUAUUAUGAAUGCCGACACAGAGCCUGCAGCAGAGAAGGCUCUUCAGUCAUGCUAUCUAUCGUUAAACCAAAUAACCCCAUUCGUGAGGUUCAGCCAUCUGACAGCCAACCAAGCCAUCUUGGAAGCCAUAGACGAAGGGCAGCAGGCCAUCCACAUCCUUGACUUUGACAUCAUGCACGGCCUGCAAUGGCCUCCGCUGAUGCAGGCGCUUGCCGAGCGCUCCUACCCUCCUCCCAUGCUUCGCAUUACUGCCACAGGCCACGAUCUAGACAUCCUCCAUCGAACUGGCGAUCGCCUUCUGACCUUCGCUCAGUCCCUCGGCCUCAGAUUCCAGUUCCAUCCGCUUCUCCUCCUCGGCAACGACUACGACCACGACCCAUGGCCUGUUAUUCCUCCCGCGCUUGCCCUCCUCCCUGAUGAAGCCCUUGCCGUCAACUGCGUGCUUUAUCUACACAAGCUCCUUAAGGACGACACCCGUUCCCUACGCCUCUUCCUCCAUAAAAUCAAGGCCUUGAAUCCCAAGGUGGUUACCAUCGCCGAGAGAGAGGCCAACCACAACCACCCUCUCUUCUUGCAGAGAUUCGUGGAGGCCUUGGACCACUAUACGGCCGUCUUCGACUCCCUGGAGGCCACGUUGCCCCCCAACAGCAGGGAGAGGCUCAGUGUGGAGCAAGUUUGGUUCGGAAGAGAGAUCAUGGACAUCGUGGCAGCAGAGGGAAACAGAAGAAGAGAACGCCACGAAAGGUACGAGUCGUGGGAGGUGAUGCUUCGGAGCUCAGGCUUUUCCAAUGUUCCCUUGAGCCCCUUUGCCCUCUCACAGGCCAAACUCCUCCUCAGGCUCCACUAUCCUUCUGAGGGUUACCAGCUCCAGAUUCGCAACGAUUCUUUAUUCCUCGGUUGGCGGAAUCGAGCUCUUUUCUCAGUAUCUUCCUGGCACUGAAGUCUAUAGCUAGCUAGCUCUUGAUCAAUCCCGUAAUUCCCAACCCAAUAAACAUCCAGGAAUGAAGGCCUUCUUCUACAUAUCUCUCGCUUUGAUCUUUUGCUUCCAUCAUUAAAUUAAUCUUCACCCACAUAUAUAUAUAAUCAACAAACAAGCAAUGUCAGUUAAAAGUGCGGUGCCUAAUAUAGCUGCUAUAUAUAACCCAUCCCAAAUCUAAGUUUCCUCUCUCUCUCUCUCUCUCUCUCUCUCCCCUUACUAGCUAGCCUUGGUCGGUAAACUUGCAUGGGCAUUUGGGCGCCUUGUUAAUCUCUACUUUGCAUGAAAAUAAACAGAUCAUAACGAAAUUAACAGCUAGCCUUCCAUCACCUUAGUUCGAUCGCUUCACCAUAUAUGCUUCAAUUCUGAGGUUGGUUCUUUCUUGGGUACUGAAACUGAUGAAUCUUGUAUGUUAUAGUUGUCUUUGAAAUAUCGUUUGCUUUUGUCGCCUUUAAAUCUCUUUAAUUGUAUCUUUCUAUAUGAUCUUUUUGGGCUUUAAUUAAUUAUUUCUGUAACCAAUUCCUCUUAGGCUUUUUGGAAGACAAUUAUUGCUAAGUGGCGUAUAUUUAAUUCUCUAUAUAUACUAUAUUCAAUUUCAAGCACUAUCUUCCUCUAGAGGGUUGU